UAGUGACACCGAGUACCCGGAGAAGACCCAGCUCUGCCUGGACAUGGAGCCCGCAUCUAACGAUCGGACCCAGUUGCCCAGAAACAUGAUUGAAAACAGUAUGUUUGAGGAGGAACCAGAUGUGGUUGAUCUGGCUAAAGAGCCUAGUUUAAAUCCUCUGGAAUCUGACGAAGUAGAGUAUGAACCACGGAGCUCGCGAUUAUUAGUGCGUGGCUUGGGAGAGCACGAAUUAGACGAUGACGAAGAUGAUUAUGAAUCUUCAGCAAAGCUGCUGGGCAUGUCUUUUAUGAACAGGAGUUCUGGUCGGAGUAACCCUGGGAACUACAGACAGGUUCAGGAAGGACUAUGUCCUACACCUUCGGCAAGGACAGUGAUAGCGAGUGUCGCGGUUGUUGUCAUUUUAGUGUCCAUAGUGACGGUGGUUUACCUGCUUCCAAAGUGCACAUUUACCAAAGAUGGUUGCCAUAAGAAAAACCACUCAAUGGAACUGGUUUACCCUAUAGCUACUAAUGGAAAACUCUUCCCCUGGACGAAAAUCAGACUUCCAAGCUCCAUCAUACCACUGAAAUAUGACAUUUCUCUGAAUCCCAAUCUGACCACCAUGGAGUUUUCUGGUAGUGUUCAGAUUAAAAUGCAAAUUGUAGAGGACACCAAAACUGUUGUACUUCAUAGCUCAGGUCUGCAAAAUCUUGAGGCAAGUGUCAAUUUAACUGGAGGGUCCAUUCACAAGCUCAACGUUUUGGAAUAUCCAACAUUUGACAUGAUUGCGAUGGUUUUACCGGAAAAACUGUCAAAAGGAACGGAGUUCACUCUCAGUAUUGAUUAUUGUUCCAAUUUUUCCAGUUCUUAUUAUGGAUUUUAUAAAAUCUCCUAUGCGGAUGAAGUCGAUAGCACAAAAUGGCUCGCAGCAACACAGUUUGAGCCUCUCGCAGCAAGAAAAGCGUUUCCAUGCUUUGAUGAACCCGCAUUUAAAUCCACAUUCCAAGUGAGGAUCAAAAGAACCGAAGCGCAUAUUGCUCUAUCAAACAUGCCCAAGGCAAGCACAACAACACUUCCAAAUGGACUGUUUCUUGAUGAAUUUACUACCAGUGUGAAAAUGAGCACCUACCUUGUUGCUUUCAUCGUGUCUGACAUGAAGAAUUCAUCUAUCAAUGCAAAUGGAACCCUUGUAUCUGUCUAUACCGUACCACAUAAGGUCGACCAGGCACAGUAUGCUCUGAGUGCAGGCACAUCACUGCUGGAAUUUUAUACACAAUAUUUUGGAAUUAACUAUACACUCUCAAAAUUAGAUCUGGUAGCUAUUCCUGAUAUCCAGGCUGGGGCAAUGGAGAACUGGGGUCUCAUCACCUUCCGGGAGACCACCCUGCUUUACAAAGAAAACUCCUCUUCACUGAUGGAUAAACAACUCAUCACUUCGGUCAUUGCUCAUGAGUUGGCCCAUCAGUGGUUUGGGAACCUCGUCACCAUGGAAUGGUGGAGUGAUCUUUGGCUUAAUGAAGGAUUUGCAACUUUCAUGGAAUACUUUGCUCUGCAAUCAAAAUUCCCAGAACUGAAUGCAGACAAUAAAUUCUUAACUGCACGUUGUGUAGCCAUGGAUAAGGAUUCUUUGGAAACAUCUCAUCCCAUAUCUACUGAUGUACAGUCUUCAGAGCAAAUUGAGGAAAUAUUUGAUGACCUUUCUUACAUUAAGGGUGCUUCUAUUCUACUAAUGCUUAAAGCAUACCUCACUGAGGAUAAGUUCCAUGAGUGUAUCGUGCAAUAUUUAAAAGAACAUCAAUAUGGAUCAACAAAGAGUGAUGGUCUAUGGGACAGUAUGAACCUGGUCACUAAAUCCAAUCCAGAUGUGAAGAACAUGAUGAGGACCUGGACACAACAAGCUGGAUAUCCUCUGGUGAAGGUGGCGAGGAACGGGAAGGAAGUGUCAGUGAGUCAGGAACGAUUCAUACGAGCUGUAAAUCCAGCCAACGCCACUGGGAACUCCAGUACUCUAUGGCAUGUACCUCUAUCCUAUACAUAUGGCCCUUGUGAUGGGACUACUUGUGAAUCUGUCUACUUACUCCAUGAACCAGAGGGUAAAAUUGCCCUCCAAAGUGAGCCGUCCUGGCUGAAGUUCAAUGUGAAUAUGACUGGCUACUAUAUAGUGGAUUAUGGCCAGGAAGGUUGGAAAGCGCUUAUUGGACAACUGCAAAAGAAUCACACCUUUCUAACUGCCAGUGAUCGAGCCAACUUGAUCCAUGACAUAUUUGUCCUGUCUAGUGUAAAUCGGGUCCCACUAACGAUGGUGAUCGAUCACAUAGCAUAUCUUGUGAAUGAAAGGGAUAUUGCUCCAAUCAAACAGACAACUGUCCAAGUUUUUCACAUCCACGAUAUUCUAGCUAAACUGGGUGAGAUGAAUCUGGCGCUCCGAUUGAAGAAUCGUCUUGUGGACCUACUUGCACAUCUCAUAGGGGAGCAGACAUGGAGUGAUGAAGGAUCUUUGUCUGAGCAAGAGUUGAGAUCAUUACUUUUGGAAUUAUCUUGCUCCAUUAAACAGAAGAACUGCAUAGGAAAUGCAACUGAGCUGUUCAACCAUUGGAUGAAUGGAGCACAUCUUCCAACAGCUGUCAUGACCAUAGUAUUUAAAAUUGGUGCUCAAACAGAUGAAGGAUGGGAUUACCUCCUAAAAAUGUACAACCUGUCCUUAUAUGAGGCGGAAAAGAUGAAAAUACUGGAAGCUCUUGCAAGUACCGACCAUGGCAAAAAGUUACUUUGGUUGAUGGACAAUGGUCUUCAUGGACAUGUUAUAAGAUCACAGGAUUUUCCAAUUGUCAUUCACUUCAUUAGUAGGAAUAUCCCUGGAUUUCUGCUGGCUUGGAACUUCGUCAAGCAAAACUGGGAUGAAAUAACUCAGAAAUUUCCACCAGGAUCAUUCCCCAUACAGACCAUUGUCACCAUGACCACUUCACAGUUUGCCACAGAAGUAUAUUUAAAUGAGGUUGUCUCAUUCUUCAACUCUACAAAGACUACUAGCAGAGACAUGUGGUGUGUGAAGGAGGCCAUCGAAAGCAUCAAGCUGAACAUUCAGUGGGUUAACAGCAACCUCGACAGCCUCAAGAAGUGGUUGUAGAGAUCAGCCGGCAAAACUAGUUUCACCUUAAUGCUCAUGUGAACUAUUGCUUAAGCACAGAAAGACACAGGCAUUCUGCAAUGCUGUAUGGACUACAGGAAGCUUCUUGAUAGCUCAGGGCAAAA